AUGGGUUUAAAAUGUUUAGUGAUUUUAUUUGGUUUGUUAAAGUUUUGCGAGCUUAAUGAGACCAUACAUAGAGACACUUUAUCAAGAGUUGCGAAUAGCAAAGCAACAGGUGGAAUAUAUUUAACAAAGUGGAAUAGAGGCUUAGAGAGAGGUCAUCAGGACACAAAAAAGCUUGAACAUAGAUUUUGGCCCCCGGUCCAAAGAGAUAGUAGAUUCCUAUCUCUUUUUACCGUGGUAACAUUCCCGAACGGUGGAUGUGCUGGUGCGUCUGGAGACAACGGCACUUGUAUGACUGCACGUGAAUGCACGUCAAGAGGUGGCUCUGCUAACGGUUAUUGCGCGAAUGGAUUUGGACUUUGCUGCAUUUUUAUGACAUCUUGUGAUAGCAGUACAUCGGAAAAUAGUACAUAUUUUGUUAAUUCUGGAUAUCCAGCGCCGUACGAGGGUACAGGAUCUUGUGAAUUAUCAGUUAUUAAGGCGCACCCAGACGUUUGUCAAAUAAGGUUAGACUUCGACCGUUUCUCAAUAGCGGGUCCAGAACAGGUUAACCACGUUUGCAACCAAGAUCAGUUCAUUGUCUCCGGCGGCAACCCUAUUCCAGCUAUAUGUGGAUCGAACCAAGGCAGUCACAUGUACGUUGACGCUGGUAUUGGAACAAUAAAUCCAGUUAAACUUACUUUCGUCACAAGUGGAAACCCUUUCGAGAGGCUAUGGAAGAUAAAAGUAACGCAAAUACCUUGCAACACUAUUUACAGAGCAGAUGAAGGAUGUCUUCAAUAUUACACUGGAGUCUCUGGACAGCUCCGAUCCUUUAACUAUCAUCCUGUAACAGGCUUACAGCUCAGCAACCAAGACUAUGGCAUUUGUAUUAGAAUGGAAAGAAACUUCUGUGGUAUCCAGUACACUGCUUGCGCCGACACAGUCAAUAAUCGUUCCCGAGCAUUUACUCUCACUGGCAACAGUAAUAAUCCAGUUAACUCUAUGAUUGGCUCCGGUUCUGGUGCAAACAAUUGCGCCAAUGAUUGGCUGCUAGUUCCGUGCGCUGCCAAUGUUGGACGAUUACAACCGGCACAAGCUUUAUGCACUGAUAGAAUUUGCGGGGGAACAUUCUCGGCUGACCUGUCUAUGCAAUCCUCAUCCGUAUUAAGUACAGUCAAACCUUUUCGUCUAUGGUUUCACACGGACAAUACAGAAGCGCCUGCUGACAUAGGAAAUAGAGGAUUCUGUUUAAAUUAUAUACAACAACCAUGCACAAAUAAUCUUAUUUAA